AUUGGUCACUGUUGUGCUGAGUAAGUUAAAGUUGGAUGCUUUUUACAGCCUAUAUUCCAUGAUGGUAUGAAAGAGUGGAGUUGUUGCAAACAAAGAAGUCAUGAUUUCAGCUUGUUCAUGGAAAUUCCUGGAUGUAAGUCAGGUAAACACACGACUGAGAAGCCAGUUUUGACAAAGCCAGCUGUUCCUGCAAAGAAUCCAAUUUCCACUCCUUCAGUUUCUGCCACCAAUGCUCUAUCAAAGGAAUCUUGCUCUAGGUGCCGUCAGGGCUUCUUUUGCUCAGAUCAUGGUACUGUCAGUUGCAUGCUCUUACUUAUUUAGUGUCUUAGAGAUGAGCUGUGAUAUAUUUUCUAAUGCCUGCUUGCUGUACUCAGAUAGUACACCAACAUGAUUGAUGAGGUUAUAUAUAUA